AUGCAUGCUGGUAGCGGAACGGAUGGUUUUUCAGCGUUGGGAGACCCAGGAUCACACUUACCCCAGCACAAUAAGGAUAGCUUGGUAUACCUGCGGGCAUUUGAUUUUAUUUCGUCAAAAACAAGAACGCCACCUACAAUUUGCGCUAAAUGUACAGCAAAACACAUCUUCCUAUGCGUCUUCAUCGGCAUUGUUUGCCUUUUCUUCUUUCUUAUCAUACUUUUCAACUUAGGAGUCGUGGAAUGGCAUACAAAUGCGAUAUCUAAUCUGUUCCAAAAGUUGUCCAAGCCUUCACUCCACUAA